CGCCGCAUCCCCUCGCCUCCCGCUGUCGUCAAUAUGGACCUCAAGCGUUCCGGUGACCCACUUGAGCACGGACGAAAGCGCAGGAAACUCGGCCAUAAUGGCAGUGAUGAUUGCUCUCUCCUGGCAGUGUCACUGAACGAGUACUACGCGUCGGACUUGAUGGAAUGGAAGGCGGGGACUACUGGUGGAUACAUUCAAGCUCAAAUCGUCAUGAAAUGGCCCCCCACAUCUAAGAGCUGGAGAAUCAAGCUGGAGAACUUCUCUUCUGCUGCUGGUCUGCUGCAGUUUGAACUCGAUUUCUCAGGACGGUGUCCUGCGUUACUUGCUACAAGCGGUGUGCAAUUCAAACUCGGACAAAAGCUUCGGUUGUCACUAGACGGCGCGACAACUAUCCGCAAGAAGAGCACCUCAUCUUCGAAGACUAUUCCCGUGCUUCUGCGUUAUGAGAACGGGGUCGAUUUCGAAUUCGUGGGGACUGGAUCAGAACGCAACAUCGAAAUUAGUUUAUGGCAUCGCCCGGAACCAGAGCUGCCCCCUUCUCCGGGUCCCUCAGCGCCGUCAUCGCCACGCCCAAGUGCGCGUUCGGACGACUGGUUCAUGACCCCGAUCACCAAUCGACGAGUCGAAACGGUGAUCCAACCCCCCAUCGUGAUGGAUGUUAUUCAAGAAGAUCCCUCUGUCGAAGAAACCGAGGCAGUUAGGCACAACAGCGCACCGACAAAAGUAAUCGUGCCACCGAAAGUCAAUGACACCACUUCCAAGCCCGAUCUUGCUGUUCCUGACGGCACUCGUGUCCCUCUGGAACCUGUUCCCUCCACUUCAAUGUCUUCUCUCCUUCCUCUUAGACCAAUCGUGCACUCGAAUGUACCCAAUGCAGCCUCCGACGUCGUAGAAGGCUCUUCGACGAAACGGAAAUCAAAGUCUUCGGCUAUCUUAAGAACGAAACCGCCACUUAGCGAUGGAGUGCCUGAAAUUGUCACCCAUGCCGAUGACCAACCCUCAUGUCUCAACAAGAAACAGCGCAAAAAUUUGAAAAGAAGACAGGCAGCCAAGCUACGCAAGGCUCUGCCGCUGCCCGAAGUUGCAUCGUCGGUCGUUCAAAUAACUCCUGUGUCCGCACAAGGAUCAGCGCCAGUCUUGCCGCCUACAAAUGCCCAUCACUCUGUCGCAGCUUCUGAACCACCGACAGAACCCCGCUUGCCGCCUCCAUCGGGCUUCGCGACGGUGGCUUCCAUGGAGAAAUGUUCGCAAGUAGGCGUUACUUAUUCUGUAAUCGGUGUCGUGAGCAGUCGAAAGGGGGUCGCCAAAACCAGCAAACAAGAUUGGUAUCACACCUUCAAUAUCGUCGACCCCUCCACAAUUGAAGCCGAACCUUACGGCUUGGGGAUGCCCGUUACUUGUUUCCACCCGAAAGAGAAUGGUGUACCGGCUGUGGACCUCGGUGACGUCGUCUUUCUCGUAGGGCUCAAGGCGAGAGAGACUUCGACAAGCCGUUUCGGUGGAACUAUUAGAGCCAACGGCUAUGCUGACAAACUACAAUGGGCGGUGUACAAUGCCUCGCAAGGUCGCAUUGGGCACGGAGAACCAUCUGCGUCUGAUAGGCAUUGCUUCCAACCAAACGAUGUCGAACGCGAAUACAGUAUCACUCUGGGAGACUGGUGGCAGAAGAUCCAAGAGAAACGCCAGGGGACUGUCAACCAGAUCAGCAGUGUCAUUCCUCCGCCGAAGACCCAACGGAGACACGUGUUGCUUUCGGAGACGCAGGAUGUUGAGUACUUCGAUUGCACGGUCGAGGCGAGUCUGAAAACUCAACUGCACGUGGAGACGCUGAGAAAAGUACAGAUCCUGCAGGCAUACGAGAACAGCCCCACCUAUUCCAUUUUUUGCACCGACUACACUGAGCUUGCAGGCGGGAAAGCCAUUGAAGCCGACUGGUGCCCACCCAUCAUCAAGGACAAGGUUCUGCGUAUAGAAGCUUGGGAUGCUGCAUUUGCAUAUGCGCAGAAAAUGAUAGUGGGAGAAUUCUAUCUGCUCAGAAACGUGCGGAUGCGGAGAAACUUGGUCGACCUACUUGAAGCCAAGAUAGUCGAAACAAAGAUUAGUCGGCUCGAUCCAGACAAAGAGCCGACAGACCACCUGGCAGCGCUGCUCCAACGCAAGCAGGCUCUCGGCGUGACAGACGACGACGACGUGACGGAAUUGAAGCUCAUCUCAGACUGUGCCGAGCGCAGUCUGCUUCAGAGUCUGGUCGAACUGCUGCAUAUCGAUCCAUUGAGCAACAGCAUCUACGUUACCGACUACACCUCACAUAGCAAGCUGCCGGUUUUCACCGAGUCCUGGGCUAAAAACCUUCCGCAAUACAUCCUCCGUGUUUAUCUGCACGACGAGCAGCAAAGCAUGAUCACUCGGAUGGUCGUGGGGCAAUUCUAUCUACUUUCGAGGAUGCUUGUGAGAGAGAGAGGGGCGACGAGCGAGUUUGCUGGGACGAUGGGCGGAUCCAAUCGCCUGAUUCUUCUGGUCAAUCCCAAAUCCAGUAACUUUGAAGAUAAGAAACGAGCCCUGCUCCAACGAAAGGAAGAUGUACUGAAGGGCUUUUCGAAGUUACCUAAGCUCGAAGAAGCCUUGCAGAGCAAUCAGACAUCGCGACCAGUGGAACAGUCUCCCAUUGUGGAGCUCGUUCCUAAGAAACCGCGCCGUAAUUGCCAGUCGAUACGACAGAUGCUCGAGAGUGAGGGUUCGGAAAAUUGCUUCGUAUACGCUAAAGUGGUCGACUUCUAUCCGUUCCGACUCGAGGACGCGUUCAUUCGUAUUUGUGAAACCUGUGACGCGCGGAUCAGUGACAAACGAGUGUCUUGCCACAAUUGCGAAGACAGCGUCGUCCAAGCAGUUUGCGUACUGCGAUUGAUGAUUGAUGAUGGCGAGAGACACCUCAAGGUCUCUGUGUCAGGAAAGGUGCCUGUACUCGACGGCUUGGGCGCUGUAUUUCUCAGAGACGACCCCAAAGCAUCUCGCCAGUUUGAGAGCAGGAUGAAGCCACUUGUGGGGAACAUUCCCCAAGUGCAUGAUAGAAUCGUGGCCGUAGGACGGGCUGAUAUCGAGCUGUCGAGCCCGUGGCUGAUGAUGGAGAUAGACCAUUGGGAGAGAAGCGAUGGGCGACUAGUAUACGGUCUGCGUGACUAUGAAAAGUAGAGCUGAAGACAGGAUGCAAAGCUAACAGUAGCGUACAGUCGCGAGAGCAUGAGAUCCAGAAAGAGGAGACUUCAUA